UUUCUUUCUCUUGUCUGUGCUACUCUGACACGACCAUGUGGGGAAUGAAACAUCUGCUGAUCCUGUCAGUGUUUGUGCUCCUGGCAAGAUGUCAGCAAAAGCCAGAAGUUACUGUGUCACCCACACUCAAUAUCUUCUCUGGGGACUUGAUUUUUCUGAGCUGCGACAACGGUGGAAGCAGUGUGAAAUGGUACUUCAAAAACCAGGAACAACAGCAGACGAACAAAACCUGGAAGAUAGGAGUUGCUUCACCUAAGCACUCAGGCAUGUAUCAUUGUGAGAGCAAUGGGCAGAAGAGUGGCAAUUUUUCCAUUGACGUCCUGGAUUACGUUCCAGCUGCCUCACUCACCAUCAAGAUAGGCCAGCCAGUGGUGCAGACAGGAGGUUCAGUUGUCCUGCAGCUUGACAAUGAGGAUGGUCUGCAGGGAUGGAAGUGCUGGGUCUACAGGGGAAAAGGACCAGGGGAGACAAAAAGGAUUACGCUGAGGUUGAAAAAUGACAGUGUGAGUGUCGUCUUUCAACCCAAGAGACUGGAAAUCCCAGAGACCAUUUUCUGGUGCUCUGAUAAUAAGCAAGGCAGAAGUAACCAAGUCAUCGUCAGGACCUCAGAAAAGGAAGUAUCACUGGAAAUGUAUCCUCUCCCUGCCGUAGUUGGGGAGAGUCUGAGCCUGAGGUGCCUUGCCUGGGGCACAGAUCAAAUUAGCAGCACUGUUUUCUACAAAAACAAUGCAGUCCUUCUGAAAAGUCAUAGUCCUACCCACGAAAUCUCUGAAGUGACAGAAUCUGCAAGUGGAAGCUAUCGGUGUAAUGCCAUCUUCAAACACAGGGCGCACACUGAUGGGCCCCCAAGCAAUGUGAUGUCUGAUGAUCAAGAUGUGUUUGUCCAACUGCCUCCUGUAAGGGCAGUUCUCUCAGUUCUCUCUGCAAACACUGGCAUGUCGUGCUCUUGUCAACAAUGUCCCAGUGAUAGGUCCUUUCACUGGUACUACAAGAAGCCUGAUGAGCCAUGGGCACUUAUGGAUUCUGGCAAGGACUUCAUGAUGCCAAAAGAGGGUGGUACUUAUGCAUGUAGAGCUGUGUGGGCUAGCGGGAGGUCUUUACUCAGCAACAGUCACGUUUAUCGACCUAUAAUCACAUCCAUUCUAAUAGGUGUGAUCAUCGUGCUGGUAAUCCUAUGUUCAGUAGCGGUGCUUAUUUACAUAUAUUAUAAGAAGAGAAAUACCACGGGACCAAUCUACGAGGAUAUGCCGCUGAGGUCACGAGACAAAGGUGAUGACCAAUAUGAGGGGCUGCAGAGGGGUGCCCAAAGGGAGGGCGAGUACGACACCCUUAACCCAGAAGCACCGGGUAGAGAGAAGAAAGAGGGCCAAUAUGAAGCACUGAAGAAAGAGGGGAUGACAAGUAGGGAGUACGACACUGUGAGGAUGGAGGGGGCAGUUGGAGGAGAGCCAGGGUAUGAGGCACUGAAGAGAGAGGGAAUAAAAGAGGGGGUAUACCACACCCUGGGGAUGGAGGGGGCAGAAGGAGGAGGGAAGGAGGGAGGGUAUGAAGCACUGAAGAGAGAGGGGAUGAAAGAGGGGGUAUACCACACCCUGGGGAUCGAGGGGGCAGAAGGAGGAGGGAGGGUAUGAAGCACUGAAGAGAGAGGGGAUGAAAGAGGGGGUAUACCACACCCUGGGGAUGGAGGGGGCAGCAGGAAGUGAGUCAUUUCUUUUUAAUUCUGUUCAUUAUGUUAAUUGUGGCAAAUUCUGUUAAGUGUAAAUAGCCAUCACAAGGUACCAGAACAGAAAAUUAUUAAUUUUGUGAAACCAACAGUCAAAAAUACCACAUGUGUAUUCCUCAGCGCUGAUCCUGUCAACUAUUUUUUCCAACCCCUAUAGUCAUCAUACAUAGGCUAUACUACUACUAACAGCAUUAUACACUUUUUCCAUGAUAAUGACUCUGCUUUUUUAAAAGGCUUUUUCUAAUGUGUUAAGUAAAUUAAGUGCUUCAUCAAACUAUAUGCAAAAAGAGGAUGAGGAAUAGUCUCAUGAUUUACAACUAUACAGGUUCUGCUUUUGCAUUCAUAAGUAACAGCACUUUAUAUUCCAGUGUGAUGAUCAGAUAUCUUACCUUGCCGUGCAAAUGCAGAGCAGCAUUUCCUGUUGUAUUUCAUGUGCUGAAAUAAAUCUAUUUUGAUUACA